CCGGCGGAGCGGAGCGGAGCGCAGCGGGGCGGGGGCGCUGCCGCAGCCGCAGCGGGAGCAGCCCGGCCCGGCGCGGCCCGGCGCGGCCCCCGCACAUCCGGGCGCUGCCGCAGGCCCGGCGCGUCCCGUGGCGGCGCGGCCCGGGCGGUCCCGGCCGGCCCGGCCCGUGCUGUGGCGGCGCGGCCCGGCGCGAUGCUGCGCUGCAUGCCGCCGCUCUGGCGCUGCAACCGGCACGUGGAGGCGCUGGACCGGCGGCACUGCUCGCUGCAGGCCGUGCCCGAGGAGAUCUACCGCUACAGCCGCUCGCUCGAGGAGCUGCUGCUGGACGCCAACCAGCUCCGCGAGCUGCCCAAGCCUUUCUUCAGGCUCCUGAACCUGCGCAAGCUGGGCCUGAGCGACAAUGAGAUCCAGAGGCUUCCCCCCGAGGUGGCCAACUUCAUGCAGCUGGUGGAGCUGGACAUCUCCCGCAACGACAUUCCAGAAAUUCCCGAAAGCAUCAAAUUCUGCAAAUCCCUGGAAAUCGCAGACUUCAGUGGGAAUCCUCUCUCCAGGCUGCCUGAGGGCUUCACCCAGCUCCGGAGCCUGGGCCACCUGGCCUUGAACGAUGUGUCCCUGCAGAGCCUCCCCACUGACAUUGGGAAUUUGGCAAACCUGGUGACUUUGGAGCUGCGUGAGAACCUGCUAAAGACUCUCCCCACCUCACUCUCCUUCCUUGUCAAGUUAGAGCAGUUGGAUCUCGGUGGCAAUGACCUGGAAGUGCUGCCGGACACUCUGGGCGCGCUCCCGAACCUGCGCGAGCUGUGGCUGGACCGGAACCAGCUGUCAGCCCUGCCACCGGAGCUGGGCAACCUGCGCCGCCUGGUCUGUCUGGACGUGUCUGAGAACAAGCUGGAGCAGCUGCCCAACGAGGUCAGCGGGCUGGUGGCACUGACGGACCUGCUGCUGUCACAGAACCUGCUGGAACGCAUUCCCGAUGGGAUCGGUCAGCUGAAGCAGCUCUCCAUCCUCAAGGUGGACCAGAACCGGCUGACAGACAUGACCGAGUCCAUUGGGGACUGUGAGAACCUGUCUGAGCUCAUCCUGACUGAGAACAUGCUGACGGCCUUGCCCAAGUCCCUGGGCAAGCUGGCCAAGCUGACGAACCUGAACGUGGACCGGAACCGGCUGACAGCUCUGCCAGCAGAGAUCGGAGGCUGUGCCAACCUCAACGUCCUGUCCCUGCGCGACAACCGGCUGGCCCUGCUGCCCCCCGAGCUGGCCAACACCACCGAGCUGCACGUGCUGGACGUGGCUGGCAACAGGCUGCAGAACUUGCCCUUUGCUUUGACAAAUCUUAAUCUGAAGGCCCUGUGGCUGGCAGAAAACCAGUCCCAGCCCAUGCUGAAAUUCCAGACUGAGGAUGAUGAGAAGACAGGAGAAAAGGUUCUCACUUGCUACCUGCUCCCCCAGCAGCCCUCUCCCAGCCUGGAGAACCUGCUGCAGAACAGCGUGGAUGAGAGCUGGACAGACACCAACUUGAACAGAGUCAGUGUGAUCCAGUUCCUGGAUGAGCCCAAAGGAGAUGAGGACGAGGAGGCUGGAGCUGAGAGACGGGGCCUGCAGCGCAGAGCCACGCCUCACCCCAGCGAGCUGAAGGUGAUGAAGAAGGUGAUUGAGGUGCGGCGCAGCGAGGUGAACGCUGCCAAGGCUGAUGCCAACCCCAGCUCUCCCAACUCAGAGGAGAAGAGGCUGAGUGCCACGUCCAAUCGCAGCGAGGACUCGCACCUGUCCACCAGCACGGCCUCUGUGGACUGCAGGGCAGAGGAGAGAGAGCAGGGCUGGCCCAACGGGCAGCUGCCUGACCUGCACAGGGAGCUGCACAGGGAGGGCAAGCCCAGGGCCCAGGAGGAGCACAAGGAAGCUGCUGACCAGGAGGACGAAGAUGUGGAAGUGGAAUACAAUGAGCCCACCGUGCACUUCGCCGAGGACACGCUGAUCCGCAGUGAGGAUGAGGAUGAGGACGAAGAGCGGCCGUUUCCAGUGGAGAAGCAGAGGCUUAUCCGCAAGGACACGCCCCAUUAUAAGAAACACUUUAAGAUCACUAAACUGCCCAAGCCAGAGGCAGUGGUGGCACUUCUGCAGGGGCUGAACAGUGACGGGGUCCCCAAAGAGGAAGAGGAGUUGGGAGGCUGCAAUAAUAACACAGAGCCCCGGGAUCAGGAGGAAGCAUGGGAGGAGGAUGACAGAAAGAAUGGAGCUCUGUCUGCUCAGCCAUCCGUGAAGGGGGUGUCGUUUGAUCAAGCCAAUAAUCUGCUGAUUGAACCUGCUCGCAUUGAGGAGGAAGAGCUGACGCUGACCAUCGUGCGGCAGACGGGGGGGCUGGGCAUCAGCAUCGCGGGGGGCAAGGGCUCCACGCCCUAUAAGGGGGACGACGAGGGCAUCUUCAUUUCCCGUGUGUCUGAGGAGGGUCCUGCAGCUCGGGCAGGGGUCCGUGUUGGUGACAAGCUCCUGGAGGUGAACGGUGUGUCCCUGCACUGUGCCGAGCACCACGUGGCCGUGGAGGCGCUGCGGGGCUCGGGCAGCUCGGUGUCUAUGACGGUGCUGCGGGAGCGGAUGGUGGAGCCCGAGAACGCCAUCACCGUCACCCCGCUGCGGCCCGAGGACGACUACAGCCCGCGGGAGCGGCGCGGGGGGCUGCGCUUCCCCGAGGGCCCCGAGGCCGCCCCGGCCACCGAGCGCUUCUCCACCUGCCUCAUGCGCAACGAGAAGGGCCUGGGCUUCAGCAUCGCGGGGGGCAAGGGCUCCACUCCUUACCGGGCUGGGGACACGGGCAUCUUCAUCUCCCGGAUCGCAGAGGGUGGGGCAGCCCACCGGGACGGGAUCCUGCGCGUCGGAGACCGAGUCAUCUCGAUCAAUGGGGUAGACAUGACAGAAGCCAGGCAUGAUCAGGCCGUAGCACUGCUUACCGCGGCCUCCCCCACCAUCGUGCUGCUGGUGGAGAGAGAGGGCGCGGAGCAGCCCAGCGAGGGGGGCUCGCCCCGCGCGCGCAUGCACUCCCCCCCGCCGCCCUCCGGCCCCGGGGACAGCCCGCCCGAGGAGACGCCCGCGCCGCCCCGCAACCACCUGUGCAGAGGGAUGGAGGAUCAGUACCCUGUCGAGGAAAUCCACCUGGUGAAAGCAGGUGGUCCCCUGGGCCUCAGCAUCGUCGGAGGCAGUGACCACUCCAGCCAUCCCUUUGGGAUUCAUGAGCCAGGUGUCUUCAUCUCCAAGGUGAUCCCGCGGGGGCUGGCGUCGCGCAGCGGGCUCCGCGUCGGGGACAGGAUUCUGGAGGUGAACGGCAUCGACCUGCGCCACGCCACGCACCAGGAGGCCGUCAAUGCCCUGCUCUCCAACGCCCAGGAGCUCACCAUGCUGGUCCGCAGGGACCCCCCUCCCCCUGGCAUGCAGGAAAUAUGCAUUGAAAAAGCUCCAGGAGAGAAGCUGGGCAUCAGCAUUCGGGGUGGAGCCAAGGGCCAUGCUGGCAAUCCGUUUGAUCCCACGGAUGAAGGCAUCUUCAUCUCCAAGGUGAGCUCCUCGGGGGCUGCUGCCCGGGACGGCCGGCUGCAGGUGGGGAUGAGGAUCCUGGAGGUGAACCACCAGAGCCUGCUGGGCAUGACGCACACCGAGGCCGUGCAGGUGCUGCGCGCCGUGGGCGACGCACUGCUCGUGCUGGUCUGCGACGGCUUCGACCCCAAGGCUGCUGCUGCCAUCGAGAUGUCCCCAGGAAUCAUUGCCAACCCUUUUGCUGCUGGCAUCGGGCGCAAGAACAGCCUGGAGAGCAUCUCCUCCAUCGACCGGGAUUUGAGCCCCGAGGAGCUGGAGAUCCUGCAGAAGGAGAUGGAAAUGGUGAGAGAAGCCACUCAGUGGGAGAGAGAAGAAAUGGAGAAAGUGGAGCGGAUGCGUAGGGAGCGGGAGGCAGCCACGCAGCAGCUUGAGGAGGAAGCAGAGAACGUCCCCAGUGAACCCCUGCGCCUGGACUACCGGACCCUGGCAGCGCUGCCCAGCAGUGGCCUGCAGAGAGGCAACCGUGCUCCUGUUGAGUGCUCUAAGCCCAGCUGCAGCAUGGAGGGUGACUGUGCCCUGCUGUCCCCACCCGCGGCGUGGCACGGCCGGGAGGCGUCCCCGGAGCCGGCAGCGGGCACGGCCGGGCCGCCCCAGCUCCCCGUGCCUCCCCAGCAGCACAUGAGCGGGGCACAGCAGCCCCAGAGAGACCAGCAGGACCCCGAGGGGUGUCCCUUGUCCCAGGAGCAGCUGCCAGAGACGCCAGAGUGUUUGAUCGACUCGCAGCCCAUCCCCUUCAGUGAGAACCCCUUUGUGGUGGCCAACCGCAGGGGCAAGGCCACGGGCACGGCCAGCCUGGGGGGGCCUCCCCUGGGCUAUGGCAGGGGGGGCGUGCUGAAGACCAGCCUGUACUCCAAGGCUCCCGUGGGCGAGUCUGGGACAGGAAAUUCCAGGCGUGAAUCCCCCUAUUCUCCCAGUAAUCCGCAGGCUUCCAUUAACUUCAUUACAUCGCAGGAUGACAGUAAAUCAACCAAGCCUGGCGUCAUUCAGCCUCUCUCCCGCGUGCGACCGAGCGCUGCUGUGGCACACAGGGCCGAGGAGGGGGACAGCCCCAACCCCUUCCAGCAGCCCCAGCCCUGCUUCAGGACCCACAGCUCUCCAAAGCCAUCGCCACCGUCGCCACCCUCCCCUGACGAGGUGCCCAUCAACGUCAAGCAGGCCUACAAGACCUUCGCAGCAGUGCCCCUGUCCCAGCCCCUGCUGGGGACACAGGAAUUGUCUGGUCAGAGCAGCACAGAAAACACCAAACUGGCCUCGGAGGUGGCCGCACACAGCCCUGGGGGACAGCACAGCCCUGAGCAGAGGUCCUUCCGUGAGAGGCAGAAGUAUUUUGAGAUUGAGGUGAAGCAGCAGCACCUGGACAAGCCUCCCAAGCGCGUGUCCCUGGUGGGGGAGGAUGACCUGAAGAAAAUGAAAGAGGAGGAGGCCCGCAAGCUGCAGCAGCAGCGAGCCCUUCUGCUGGAGGAGGAAGCUGAGGAGGAUGAGGAGGGCAGGCAGGUGCCCGAGGCCGUGCAGUCCAGCGUCAUCAUCGAGGGCGUGGAGUACAAGGUGGAGAGGCUGAAUGGAAGGAGCAGCCAGGCUCCAGCAGCUCGGCCCUUGGAGCUCAGUGAGAACAACAGCUCACAGAGGAAUUCCCUGGAGGAGGGCAUGAAGCCUGAGCACAGAACCAACUCCAUGUCAGGGCUGAGCCCCGUGGAUCCCGGCGCUCCCGUGCGCACGGCCAAGGCGGAGCGGCGGCACCAGGAGCGCCUGCGGAUGCAGAGCCCCGAGCUGCUGGCCCAGCAGGACAAGGAGCUGUCCCCAGCUGAACGCCGGGCCCUGGAGGCGGAGAAACGGGCCAUGUGGAGGGCAGCACGAUGCUCAGCUCUUGAAGACAGUGUUAAGCAGUACGAGCAGGACCUGGCCAGGAGGCUGUACCAGUCCCGGCAGUGGGCUCCUGCUCCCGGGGCCAGGCCAGCUCACCUGGCCAGCCCAGUGCAGAGCCACACCUCGAGAAUCCCUGGGUCAGGAGGCCAAUCCAGGAUGAAAUCCCUGGAGCAGGAUGCCCUCAAGGCCCAGAUGGUCAUUGCCAAGUCCAAGGAGGGGAAGAAGCGCAGCACCCUGGAGCAGCUGGCAGAGUCCCCCUCGCCCGCGCCCACGCCGUCACCCACGCCGCUGGAAGAUUGCAGCCCCAGGAACGUCACUUCCCCAGGAAGGCUGUCAAUGUCUGAAAAGAAGUUUGACUACCGGGAAUUUGCUGCUAUUCCUUCCUCCAAACCUGUUUACGAAAUCCAGUCCCCUGAUGCAGCUGAUGACCUCAGAUACGCCGAUGAGCGGAGUAACUCAGUUCCUCGGGAGCAGGACGGGCAGCCAGAGGAGGAGGAGGAGGCACUGGGAGCAGGGGAUCCAGCAGCAGCAGCUCCCUCAGCCCUGGAGGACAUGGCCCUGUACAGCAGCAAGCGGAAGCUCCGGCACAGCCGGCGCAGCCUGGAGACCGCUGUCCCCACAUAGGUGACCCUGGGCACUGGACUGGCCUGGCACAGCCUGGGCACUGGACUGGCCUGGCACAGCCCUCCGGGAGCUCCAGGGACAGCAGCAGGCUGCCCCCCUGCCUACAGACUCUGGAUGGGACUGAGCUCCCCGUGAGCUCUGUGGCCAACUGACUCCUCUGGGGCUGUGAAGCGCCCUCGUCUCUCACCCAACAGUGCACUGGGGCACAUCCCAAAACUGGGACAACACUGGACUGACUGCUGGCAGAUGGCGAGGAAGGGUGGCCAGGACAGUGGGCAGCUUUUUAGCCUGUAAAUAUUGUGUGUGGGGAAGAGUAGGACAGGGAGAAUGUUAGGAGUGUGAGAGUGUGUUGGGCUCCAGCUGUUACUGCCUCAGCUUGGGUUUUGUAGUGGUUAAAAGGAGUUUCUCCUCUGGUGGGAAUCAGGAGGAAGGUCCAACCUGCCUUUACUCCUACUUAAUUUCCAGUCUUUUGCCAAAAAGCAUCUCCUCCCAGCUCCCGCACUGUGUCACCUCACUUCCCUUUGGGAGUGUUUGGGAAUGGGAAGCUUGGAGGCAAAAAGAAGGAAAAAAAAGAGAAAAACCACCAGAAUUCCAGCAAAGUGCCUCCCUCUGCCACUGGCACUCUGUGCUCAAGGAAAACAGAGCCAGCUCUCUGCCACCUGCCUCUGUCCUGGUGGGACACUGCUCCUGCUGGGGCUUUGUGCUGUCCUGGGACAGCUCCCUCCACGGAUGGGCACGGUCCCCCUUUGUCACCACGGCGGGAGCCACUCCAGAGCACACGAGGGGAGGAGUCUCUCCCGUGGCACUGGGGCUGAACUGGUCAGCUGGGGCAGGAAUGGGACGGGGCCGACAGCCAGAGUAGAGGUGUAGGGGUGUGUGACAGCAGUGGGAGCAGGACACAGUGGCAGAGGUGGGAGGUGUGACAGCAGGUACCUUAGUGGGUAGAGUUCAGGAACUGGGGAUGGGUAGAAUGUGGAGUUGCUGGGGUCAGGUUGGGAGUUACAGGAUCCUGCACAUAGAGAUGCUGGUGGGGAGUCCACAGUGCCCACGCUGGCUGUAGGGUGGGGUGGGAUGUCACGGGUGCCUGGUGUGGUGUGGGCUGGCAGGGAGCACCAGGAGCAGGAUGGGGCUGGCCUGUGCCUUGCAAUAACCACACAGUUCCACUUUGCCAGCUCAUUGGCAUCAGGCCCCUUCCCAUGGAGGACAGGGAAAAUGCACGUUUGCCCACACAAGAGGGGAAAAGGAAAAUGAGAGAUGAGUGGGGGUGUGAGCCUUGGUUUCCACACGUGGAACAAGGGCUGUGAGCAAGUUCUGAAUUAUGUGAGCUCUCCAGAUGUGGAGGUCACAGCUGCUGCUCCCAACUCUGCCAUCAGCCUCUGCUGCCACUAGUGAGGGGAAACAACCCUUUUCUUUUUCUUUUUUUAUCACUGCCUCUCGCCGUGAGGAAGGUCCGAGCUCGGCACAACCCCGUUCCCUUCCAUUGGUGCUCUCUGACUCCCCAGUAAGACCAGGGUUGGACCUUGAGCCUCACAGUGGCUGGGCACUGACAGGCACAUCUGCUUGUACAUUUGCUGAAGGACAGAGCUGGAUGCAGUUUCUUGGGUGCAGUUUUUUAGUUGAGCCUCUCCUUUCAUGCCAAAAUCCAGCGGAUCAUUUUAACUGACUCUGUUUUGAUUUUACAGACUUGUGAAGGGGAACUCUGAUAAUCUCACGCUGCAGCUGCAGCUGCCUCCAUCAUCAGCAAUUUGAGCUUUUCCUUUUUAAAUCUAAUUUUAGCAUUUGCUUUUUAACAAGAGCAGUUUUGGAAACAAUCCUGGCUGGGUUUUGGUGACUAACUUGUGAUUCUUCUCUCCUUUCCUGUGCGGUACCUGGUGCCAGGCUCUGGAUUCUCUCCCGUUCUCUCCCACGAGACUCCGAGGGAAAAUUAGCGCAUCAAGACUGUAACUAGUGAAAUUUGUACAACCAAAGAAAUCUAUUUUGUGGUUCAAGGAUAAUAAAGUUUACUUUACAUUUUAGAGCCUUUA